UUAGAAUAUAAAAUGUGUCAAAAUGGGUACAAUUGCAUCGGUACUUCAGUGGUAUUGCAUUCAGUGUAAUUACUUGAAUCCAACCGAAAGCGUACGAUGCCUUAGGUGUCGAGUGUUUCGCAAAGUAAAUAACGUCGAUAUUAUUAACCAUCAAAUUCUCUCAACCAACGACAACAUUCCCGUUUCGUCGUCAUGCGUUCGAAUGAAAGAUGUGAAUAGAAAACUAGUUUCAAACGAUUGUCUGUUCCGAGUAAAAGACAGUCUAGCGCUUGCACACAAAAAUAUCAAUAGAAAAAAAAUCGAACGAUCCUUCGUUCACUCGCUCCCAGAACGCUGUUGCUGGAAUCGUAAGCGGCACCAUUCCCAGCCGAGCAUCAAUCGCAAAUGGAAUUGCCACCGGUGCCGUGCUUACAAUCGUAGCGUGUCCUGGCACUGCAUUAAUUGUGAAGCUCUAAGUGUUAUAGCCCCGGUAUACAAGGAAACGAUAAAAAAAUCUUUGACGCACGUUAUUUGCAGAAACGAGCACCACGGCGCAAACUGUGGCCACGAGAAGUACAUUCCCUUUGCCUCGGUCAGCAUUAAAGCUUAUCGCAGCAUGGACCAUGUCGGAUCGGCACGGUGUAGUUUUUGUAUCUACAAUCAAUUCAGCUUCGAAAGCGAUACGACGCAGAAGUGCUGCUGUUGCGGAGAAUCUCAAUUAUCGCACUGUAUGAAAGCAAAUUAUGUUAACCUCGAACGCGAACGCGGUACGUUUAGCGGUACCACGACGAUCACCAAGCGCACAGGCGGAUUGAUUGUGGUCCCUUCGACUACACCACAGCUCAUUGAUAAUUCUACAACAAAUGUGAGGCUCAAGGCUAAUACUAAAACGAAAAUGGCCAUUCAAUCAGCGCCGGAACCGAUUUAUGCAGUUAUCAACAAAGAAGCUAAACGAAAAACCAAGCUAGCGAGUGAUGCUGUAAAUAACAAUUCAACUGCCAGUAACAUCACUCAACCUUUCACAUCGAAGGACGCAGUACGCAGUGAAGAUAUAAACAAUUCAGCAAUAAUAAGGUGCAAAAACGGGAAACCGGAAGAUAUCGAGGAAACUGGCAUCAGCAAUGCUGGCAAUGAGAAGGUAGCUGCUAAAUGUAAAUACAACAAACAGCUUUCCAACUAUAAAUAUAAUUUAGAUAAAGCAGCUAAUUUCGAUGGAGAUAGUCGUGAUAUCUUUACGGUGAUGGAUGAAUAUAGUACGCAUCAGAAUUCCACCAUUCGGGAACUAGAUAAUAUACCUGCAAUCGUUAAAGUUCCAAUAGCAAGUUUUGAGCAAGAUUUGGACGAUGAGUGGUGUACGAAACCAUCUCAACUUACGGACGAGCAGGAAUGGACUUGCAGGAAGUGCACGCUUGUCAAUUCCAGCGGGUCACUCGCCUGUAUUGCAUGUGGAGGAUCGAAACUGCGCAGCAUUUGCAAUGUGGAAGAAAUGACGCUGAAAAAGGGCGAGUUCUGGACUUGCGUUAAAUGCACCCUGAAGAAUUCGAUUGUGCAACAUGACUGCAGUGCUUGUAAAUCGGCUCGACCGAUUCUGAAAGCUGCUAACGGGCAAGUGAACGAGUCGUUGGCCACCAAUCGCCUGAUACUGGGGCAGUGCGAUGGACCAUCCAACAGCAGUCGGUCCAGUUCCGCACCGCAUCCGCUCGCCUCGUCAAUCGACUCUGGUGCUAUUCCAAAGCAAAUGCCUGUGGCUGGUGGAAACGGCGGUGGAGGGAUUAUGAUCAGUGGUAAUGUGGCUAGCACUUCCGGUGGUUCGGCGGUUGUCGUCGCGCUUAAGCCUACGUCGGUGAUGCAAGUGUCUAUACCCAAGCGAACGUGGCAAUGUCCAGCCUGUACGUUCGAGAACUCGCUUGCGUGUGUGGUUUGCGAUAUCUGCUCGAGUCACCGGCACAUUGAUACCGGUGGGUUCAUGUGGCAUCAGCAGCAGCAGAAGCAGAAGAACAGUCGACUGGAGGAAAAUCAGCGCCAGCUUGAUGACUUGGAGGCGCUGAACCGUUGGAAGAGCAUCAUUGAGUACUGCGUUGAAAAUGGGCAGGCUUUUGUGGACGACUCGUUUCCACCGGCUACCAAAAGCCUCUAUUACCAGCCAGCGUCUAACAACGAGAUUAAUCCGGUCGCGCAAUGGCGUCGACCGCAUGACAUAUUUUGCGAGGGUGGACACCAGGCUACACCGCCCUGGGCCGUGUUUCGCACGCCAUUACCUUCCGACAUCUGCCAAGGGGUGUUAGGUAACUGCUGGUUGUUAAGCGCGUUGGCCGUGCUGGCCGAACGCGAGGAUCUCGUGAAGGAGGUGCUGUUGACAAAGGAAAUCUGCCCUCAGGGCGCUUACCAGGUGAAACUGUGCAAAGACGGUCGCUGGACGACGGUGCUCGUAGACGACUUGUUGCCGUGCGACAAGCGUGGCCACCUGGUGUACUCACAGGCGAAGAGAAAACAGCUUUGGGUGCCACUGAUCGAAAAAGCGGUGGCUAAAAUUCACGGCUGCUACGAAGCGCUGGUGUCCGGCCGUGCAAUUGAAGGGCUAGCCACCUUGACCGGGGCACCUUGUGAGAGUAUCCCGUUGCAGGCCAGUUCGCUGCCGAUACCGAGCGAGGAUGAUUUAGACCGCGAUCUGAUUUGGGCACAGCUGCUCAGUUCCAGGUUAGUGAAGUUUCUAAUGGGAGCCAGUUGUGGCGGCGGUAAUAUGAAGGUCGAUGAAGACGAAUACCAGCGAAAGGGACUACGGCCACGGCACGCCUACUCCGUGCUGGACGUCCGGGACAUUAAAGGACACAGACUGUUGAAACUACGCAAUCCCUGGGGACACUUUUCUUGGCAAGGGGAUUGGUCAGAUGAUUCCGAGCUGUGGACAGAUGAACUCAGAGAUAGUCUGAUGCCUCAUGGCGGAUCCGAAGGUGUAUUUUGGAUUUCUUUUGAGGACGUCCUCAGAUACUUUGAUUGCAUUGAUAUAUGCAAGGUUCGUUCAGAAUGGAACGAAGUACGUCUGUUUGGUACACUGCAACCCCUAAGAGCUUUAUCGUGUGUGUUAAUAACGGUACUCGAACCGACUGAGGCAGAAUUCACUCUAUUCCAAGAAGGGCAAAGAAAUUCCGAAAAAUCUCAACGAUCCCAACUUGAUCUCUGCGUUGUGUUGUUUCGCACAAGAAAUCCGGCUAAUCCGGAAGUAGGCCGUCUUGUGGAACACAGCAAAAGACAGGUUCGCGGUUUCGUUGGCUGUCAUAAGAUGUUGGAAACAGACUUGUAUAUGCUGGUUUGCCUCGCCUUCAACCAUUGGCACACGGGAAUUGAUGAUUUCAUGCAAUAUCCACAAUGCGUGUUGGCCAUUCAUAGCUCUAAGCGCCUACUAGUCGAACAGAUUACGCCGCCUCCGUUCCUUCUGGCAGAUGCCAUCAUUAGCCUGACACUGGCCAAAGGACAACGGCAUGAAGGACGUGAGGGCAUGACUGCAUACUAUCUUACUAAGGGUUGGGCAGGAUUAGUUGUGAUGGUAGAGAAUAGACAUGAAAAUAAGUGGAUUCACGUAAAGUGCGACUGUCAAGAGAGUUACAAUGUGGUGUCAACCCGAGGCGAAUUGAAAACUGUCGAUUCCGUGCCGCCCCUACAGCGUCAGGUCAUUAUCGUUCUAACACAAUUAGAAGGUAGCGGAGGAUUCAGUAUAGCCCACCGUCUAACGCAUCGGUUGGCGAACUCGGGUGGAUUGCAUGACUGGGGACCGCCGUCUUCCACACACUAUCCUCCAAUCGAAAACGUAUCCGAGCUUCACUCGCCACGAAUGAUAACCUAGAAAAGGCACCGAGAAAGAAGAAAUGAGUGGGAGCAAAGCAAGGGCAAUAGUAUGGGACAGAAAACUCAAAUAUUCAUUGAUCAACAUUGAUAAAUAAAAACUUAAUAGCCAUACAAGCUUUAAAUAAGGUACAUAUGAUACCAACAAAGAACUAAAAUGUUGAAUUGUGCACACAUUUGGUUUUGAGUUGUGUACUUCAAUGUCUUCUUUAAUUUUCUUUAACUGGUUUUUUCUUGGUCAAAACCUGGGACGGUCGACGAACUAAUUCUUUUUAUUUUAAAACUUGAUUUGGUUCGAUUACAAAUACUGUAUUCUACAACCCUACCAAUUAGAAUCAAAACCAUCGAGCUGCUACAUAAAAAUGACUGUCGAUUUAAUUGUAUGUUCAUAACAGUGAUCGUUACGGUAUGGUCUAGCAAACUGGUCACACGACGACAAAUAUCCUUGACUCCUUUACAUCGUCUGUAUUUUAACUUUUUACUUUUAUUAGUAUCACAAGGAAAAUUUUUACAGUGUUAUUAUUUCGGUAGUAUUAUUCAUUGCCAGGUUUAUUUUGUUUUAGAAAUAUACCUACCCUUUAUAGCUGUUAACUAUCUGUUUAGUUUAGUUGUUUAGAUAUUAUUACUCUAUCCCAUUGAAUCCCUAAGCUCAUCAACGUCUGGUUCCAGUUUUUAGUUCAAACGAUUUCGGAUAUAUUCUCAACUACAAUCGUACUGGAGUUACCGACAA